AAGAAAUUGGAAGAAAGUAGGAAAAGGAGCAGGAGAAGAAGAAGUGGCUGUAAAAAAAACAACACGGACACUUGGCUGUCUGUUCACAAACAACGUUACACAAUUAUCUGAGAGACAGCGACCUGGUGCAUGAUGUGAGGUGUGCAAAAGCCUUGUGACACUUCGAAGUGGUUGCUGAUAUGGUGGACCUGAGACUGACCCUCAGGAGCCCCCCAGUCUCACUUUUUUGCGAGAGUCUGGGGAAAAUGUUGCCACAGAUUAUGGAUCUAGGAUAUCAUCUUCCAUGAGACUUCAGUUUCACAGUGCUUCAAUCAAACAGCUGUAAGGAACAUGGAGAGAGAAGCAACUGAGAAGGAGAUGGACGGCGUAACAGACACCGAUGAGGAGAGCCCUGAUGGUGAUUCCACAUCAGUCACCAAUUCGAGUCAGUGGGAGACCCAACGGACUGGUCAUGACUGGGAGCAGGAGGACAAAGCCUAUCUCAAAUCUCAGGACCCCCCAAAUCCAGCCACUCCACAAGACUCUGGAAUUGGUGAAGCAGAGUAUUGUGGAUCUACAGAGGCCAUAGAGGAUGCUGAGGAGGCUUCAGAUGGGUUUGAGCAUGACAGCACUGCAGAGCACGAGAACUUACAUGUCAUAAAUCAAGAAGAGGAUGAAGCUGCGAAGGAGCAGCACAUGAAUGGGGAGUCUGGUUGGAGGAAUGAGGGAACUGGAAGGAGAUGCAAACUGAGAAGCAGUGGAUCGGUUUCAGAGCAGAGCAGUCAAAGUGCUUUUUCCUCCACUCAGAAAGGCAACGUUAUAUCAAGUGGUGGCCGUCACAGGCAGACCCGCAGACGUAACCACCACCACCAUCAGCAGAACCGAGGCCGCAGGCGGACAGGCAACCAGCUCGUCUUGGCUUUUAAGGAGAUGCUGUCAGAGUCUCUGAGCUUCUGGUGCAUCUCCUGCGUCCACAUGAUGAUCGAGAUCAUCGUCACAUUAACUCACAAUUGUGGAGUUGGUGUGGAGACCGGAGGGGUGAAACUUUACAACUUUGGACAGCAGCUCUUUGUGAAGAUCACAGACACAGCAGGAAUGAAGGCGGAUGCUAGUCGGAUUCUGAACUGGACAAAAUGCACAGGAACAGACCUGGUGGACAAAAUUGUUAGGUCAGUGAAGUGGGUAAAGACAGCUGCCUUAUCUUGCCUGAGACUUUUAUGUGCUUUGGUUAUUCUCGGUUCCCAGUGGGCAAAGGGUGUGUUGGUCCGCCUUGGUGGAGAGAGGGGAAAACGCUACUGGACAGCUUUUCAGGACUCAAGGUUUUGGAAGAGAUUUGUGUCCCUGCUGGAGACAGUACGAAGCAGGUUCAGGAGGAACGGCCAUGCCCCACUGUCCAGCCCCGAGUCACCCGGCAGAGCAGGGAGAGGCCAACCAGGCCAGGAGCUGGAGAGACUGCUGGCCAUGGCUGAUGUACCGGAGGACGAGCUCGACCCCUUUACAGUGCUCGGCGUGGAGGUUCACGCCUCUGAGGCUGAGCUGAAGAAGGCCUACAGACAGCUGGCUGUCCAGGUCCAUCCAGACAAGAAUAAACACCCACGAGCUGGAGAGGCAUUCAAAGUACUGCGAGCUGCCUGGGAUAUUGUCAGUAACCCAGAGACACGACGAGAGUAUGAGUUGAAGCGUAUGGCAGCAACUGAGCUCUCAAAGUCCAUGAACGAGUUUCUCACUAAACUGCAGGACGACCUGAAGGAAGCCAUGAACACCAUGAUGUGUACCAAGUGUGAAGGCAAACACAAGCGGUUCGAGAUGGAUCGUGAACCUGCUGAGGCCCGGUUCUGUGCUGAAUGCAACCGUUGCCAUAGUGCUGAGGAGGGGGACCUGUGGGCCGAGUCCAGCAUGUUGGGCCUACGAAUCACAUACUUUGCCUGUAUGGAUGGCAAGGUCUAUGAUAUUACAGAGUGGGCAGGUUGCCAAAGAAUAGGCAUUUCUCCUGACACACACCGUGUGCCCUAUCACAUCUCAUUUGGUUCAAAGAACAACAGCAACUCCACACGACACAGGACGCCCUCAGAGCAUGCCGCAGGUCCCACCAACCCUGCAGAUUUGCAGGACUUCUUCAACCGCAUCUUCAAGGGAGGGCCUCCUAAUGACAUGGCUGCCAACGGGGGCUUCUUUCCCUCAGGUCCGCCCCAUCACCAGCCACCUGGUGCUGGAGUGCCCCCAUUCUCCCCUCCCCCGGGCCAGACAGGUUUCUACAUGCCGGGGAGUCACCGGCCAGAGUCCAGCGAGACAUGGGCUGAAAGUGGCAAACCCCCCAGAAGGAGGAAGAAGGUCCGCAAACCUUUCCAGAGGUGAAGUCUGUAGAGUUCUCAGUGUAUCAACAUGGCAACACAGGGACACAAUAAAUAAUGGCCAUGUUUGUCUCUCGCCUGCCUGGUGGCAUGCCAACAUCCGAACUGGAGAGGGUUCAUGAGGGUAAGGCUGCGGUCAGAUCAGCCAGAGGAGAGAGACGGGAUCAUGAGGAGGAGCCUGUUGACUGAAUACAAGUAUUGAAGGAGAUUUGGAGACACGGCAGUGAUGGUGCUUUACCUCUCAUUUCAUCUUACUUUUUGUUGGUCUUUACGAAGACUGUAGCCUUGGCAUUGAAAUCCUUAUUGGGAUGCUGUAAUGAAACAUUUUCCUCUCAUAAUUUCCUGCCAAAUCUUGCAAUGCAUGAUUUAUUCACCUGCAUUUAACACUUCAGUUCUCUCACUUUAGUUGUUCAUGUUUUGAUUAGUUUAAGGCAUUGGUUCCAGACAGAGUGACACUUGAAGAGAGGGUUACAGUGAGUUAUGGAUCACUGAAAUCAACAUGAAGAUGAUGAUGAUCUGAGCAGCUUCACUGCGUCAGUGUUACUCAUGACAUGUAGGUCUAGAUCUGCACCUCCGCCCACCAUAUUUCAGGAAUGACUCGAAACCAGCUAAACACAACACAUCUGAACUAAAUUUGCAGAACAGCAGAACAUUUUGAAAACUUCCAUGCAGUUACCUCUGGUCUGCUUUUACAGUAACAUCAGAGGGUUUGUGUGAAUCUGGUGGUGUGUCUACAGAGAAUAUUUAGUAUCAAUACAGUCACAAUCAGUCAACCUCCAGCAUGAGGGAUCCACUGUGGCAACUAGCAUUUGUGCUUUUUCCCAGUUGUUUGAAUGACUAUAAACAGGCAAACUGCCUCUUAAGCUGACAUGAUGCAUAAUUGAAUAUUACAUGAAUCUUUCUAGGUUUCUGAAAUAACACAUUUGUGGUUUCUAGAGGUAAAGUUUCAAUAGUUCGAUAUUACAGAACCUCUAAAUCAAACAAAUCCCUUCAGAAGAUGUGGCGAUUCAUGCUAAAGUUAUGCUAAAAUGGAUGCUGAUAUUUGUGUGUCGAUUACCAGAGAAUCACAUCCUGCAUCAUAAGACCACCCACUAAAAAUGUGUUAACCUCUCUCUUUAGGAACCACUGAGCCAGAGAGGAGAUAGUGAACCUGUGAUGUCGUCAAUGUGUAAAAUCUGGACCUGAAUGAGUGAAAAUUAGUUUUAAAAAAAGCUUUGUUGUUUUGAGAUAUACUGAUUCAAACAUGCUAAAAUUUGCCUUCUGUUUAUUGUUUCGGCCCCAGAUUGACAUUUCAAUUACAGCACAGGUUCAGAUCUAACAGCGGGAAUGAGUUCAGUGGUGUUUCUAUAAGCUAUAGAAACACCACUAAACUCUAUAGCUAUAGCUGAGCAGCAGCUGAGUCGCUUUGAGGAGGUCUCAAAACUUCAGAAGUGACACCUUGACAUUUUGAAAUGUUGAUGUUCUGUGUCAGCAGGGAUUCGCUGCUGUUAAAAAGACCACAUGGAGCUGAUCUACACUGCCCCCUGUUGAUUGACUGUGUAACCUAACUGAAAACAUUGGUCACAGUUUGACUGAUUACAUAGUAAUACAACAGAACAUACAAGAGUCAGCUUGAUAUUGUGCUGAUUUACAAAUACUGAAGAAAGCCUUUACAAUGCUGUCAAAUUAUUUUUUUUUCUAUCGGCCUUGAAGUGAUAGCAUUAGAAAAAAUUUUACACUUGCAACAUAAACAGUAUGUUAAUUUCAUACAGCUGAUUUGGGCAGUUGUUCAGGCUGCUACUUUGUCUUAAGUGCCAUUUUUUUUCUUUUUUUUUUUUGCCAGCUUUGAUGUUUCAAGGCAUGUGAUCUGCAUCACUGAUCUGUCAUGACUGUCACCCAGCUCAGGACAAGACAGUAAAAAGUCUCCCACA